UUCCGGUGACCAAAACAGACGCUAAUUUUGAGAUCUGAUUUAUGAAAUGCACCUCUCUUAUUCAUUUGUGUUUCUGUGUCAAUAUGCAUUGAAACCAUGACAGUAGAAACUUUGCUUUUAAACGCAAAAUGAAAAUAUUGUUUUUGCAAGAUGGACCAUGCAUGAAGUAAAGGUUUCAUUUUAUGCUUGUUUACUUGCAAAGUGAAUUGCACUAUAAUAUUUUCAUUUACAGUGCCGAAUUGAAUGCUGUCGAACAUUCAUAAAAAUUAAUAACAUUCGAGUUGGUGAACAUGAGUGGCUAUGAAAAUCAAGCCGUUGACAUGGCACGAAACAGGCUUGAAAGCCUGAAACGAAGGGGUCUUUUGGACAAUGAACCCACAUAUCCGCCGCCAUCCCGACCACCGCGACGCGUUUAUGGUCGACCACCGCGAGGUGGUGUUGGUGGACCACCGCGAGGAUAUGGAUAUCAUGAUCCAUAUGGUCCUGUGAGAGAGCAAGAACAGUACGGUACAGAUUAUGAUUACCACUAUGAACCACCUCCAAAAAGAGCAUUACUUCAUGAUCCUCAACGCUUUGAACCUGAGUGGAAAGAAUAUGGUCCUGCUCAGGGGGGCUACGGUCGAGGUGGGCCAGGGGCUGGUCACUUUGGUAGGGGUGCUGAACGUAUUCGAGGAGCCAGUGUAUAUGGAGGUGGAGGCGGAGGCGAUCGUGGACGUAGAGGUGAUCGUGGACGUGGGGGUGAUCGUGGACGUGGAUGCGAUCGUGGACGUGGAGGUGAUUAUGGCCGAGGGUCUACUUUGCGCGGAAGAGGUGGGCCAGAUCAUGGCAGAGGAUCUGUUUUACUUGGUCGAGGGAGAGGAAAUGCAUUUGUUCAUGAGAGUAGUCAUGGUCGUGGGACUAUUAAUCAGGGAAAGGUGGCUGUAAAUCGAGGUAGAGGACAGACCAACACAAGAGGCAGUCCAAGAGUUGGUAGUUCAAGUGGAAAACCUACACCAGACACCAUCAAAAGUGAAAGUGACUCUGUUGAUCAGAAAAGUUCUCUAUCCACUUCUUUAAAUACAGACUCAACUAAAAACAAAGACUUAACUAUCAAAGGUGAAGGUGAGGAAACAAAAGUCAAAGAAACACCUGAUAAAAAUUCCAAAUUAACACCAUCUAUAAAGGAAUCACCAAGUAAAAUGGCAUCAGCAUCUACCAAGUCAACAGCUCUGAAAGAAUCUCCAGCUGGAAAGACAUCAUCUACAGCAAUUAAGACAGCAACUGUGUCUUCAUCACCAAUAUCUACUGCAACUGAGUCUCCAGCAACAUCUAGAGCAACUAUGUCCUCAGCAACAUCUACAGCAACUACGUCCCCAGCAACAUCUACAUCCAAGGUCUCCAAGCCAUGCCAGUCACCAGCAUCCGAUGGGAAGGAGAGUGACGAAGAGAGCACCUAUUGUAAACCGUGCAAUACCUUCUUUGCCAAUCAUGUGCGAUACAUGGCCCAUGUUCGUGGAGUAAUUCAUGCACGGACCAUGCAUAUAAAGGACAUGAUGGAAACCUUUAAGGAGACCACUACACAAGCUCUUGAAAAUGUUUCUCCCACAAAAUCUGGUCCAAAUUUACAACCUGGAAUGCAAUCUAAGACCGAAACAACUGUCUCCUCGUCGACCAAAGAACCCAUCUUAGCAGCAAAGGAGCCUCAGUCAACAACAAACAAGCAACAGCCACCAGCCAAACAGACCCAGUCAGCAACAAAACAACAGCCAGCAACAAAACAACCCCAGUCAACUACAAAACAGCCACUGGCAAAACAACCUCAGUCAACAACACGACAGCCCCAGCCAGGAUCUACAGCACCCCAGAAAACUACUGCUGCAGCAGGAUCCGAGCAACCAGCUUCUGCAGCUGCAAAAAAUGACACGGAUGAUGAGAGCUACUGUGUCACCUGCAAUAUAUCUUUUAAGGAUAGAGGGCAAUAUGUGCGCCACACAAAAGGCUUGAUGCACACGCAGAAGCAGAUCGAGUUUGAAAAAGCCCAGGGAAGCUCCAAGUAUGAUGACGCUCCAGUUGGAGACACAAAGCGGGUGUUUACUUACCCCACAGCGAGAAGGCGAGGCUCAGGAGCUGUAGUGGGGGUGUCAGCCAGUUGGGGGCGUGGAGGAGGCAGGGGCAGGGAGGUUCAGGAUGAAGGCAGGGGGCCUGGGAACAGGUCAGAGGAAAGAGGGGGGUCAGUGAACCGAGGAGAUGCAGAGGACAGAGGAGAGGCUGGGACCAGGAGGGGGGUAGGGAACAGAGGAGUUGGGUCGAGAGGAGUUUAGAGAACAGAGGGGGAU